UGGAGGGGCCUGUGAAAGAUGCUGGGAAGAUUUCACAGAGGAGAGAGAGCACUUUGAAUCAAACCCUUGAGGGAUGAAGAGGAGUUCACCUGGUACAGAAGGAAAAUCUCAACAUGGGCAGAGUUAAGGAUGGGGGCAGUCAGUGCAGGCGAGUGAAUGAUGGGGUGAUGAAGCCAGAGGGGGACAGCAUUGGGGGCCGGCCAGAGCUCUGACUUGAUCCUGAGGUAACUGGGAAGCCCCUGAAAGGUUUCAAGGAGGGGAAACACCUUGGCCAGGAUUCUGAAGGGUCUCUCUGACAGUGUUGUCCAAAGACCUAAAGUCUUUCUAAGAAUUCAUUGCAAAAUCAAAAUCAAUCAAUCCAUUGCAUGAGCUGGCAAAGAAAAGUGACACCCCCUCCCACCCCCAAUCUUGUUAUGGCUUUUGGUCCACUCAGACCCUAGGCUUUUUUUUUUUUUCAACCAUCCCUGUCAAAGCCUUCAUUUCAUUUGCUAGAGAGACUACCCUGCUUCCUUCCUUCCUGCCUACACCCCACCUCAUAUGAGGGUGAUAGAUAGGGCUACAGUGGAGCUUGGAGGAAGGGUGUGCAAAGAACAGAGGGAUUGAAGCUUCCUAUAAGGGUGGAUGGAAAAAGAGAUCCAGGAGGUGAGGACCCCAGGUAUCCUUAGUUUUGGUUUCCUCCACCUCUCUAGGCCAGUUAGAACAUCUUAGCCUCCUCCAUAACCCUCCCCCUCGUUUGCUGCGCUCAACUUCCUGCCCCACCAGAGGAAGUGGGGAGAGACGGCAGGUGCAACGACAGCUAACCGGGGCCAUGGACAAGGAGUAUGUGGGUUUCGCAGCCCUCCCCAACCAGCUGCACCGCAAAUCUGUCAAGAAGGGGUUCGACUUCACACUCAUGGUGGCAGGGGAGUCAGGCCUGGGGAAAUCCACCCUCAUCAACAGUCUGUUUCUCACCAACCUCUAUGAGGAUCGGCAACUGCCAGAGGCCAGUGCUCGUUUGAAGCAAACGCUGACCAUCGAACGCCGGGGUGUGGAGAUCGAGGAGGGGGGUAUUAAGGUGAAGCUGACCCUGGUGGACACACCUGGCUUUGGGGACUCAGUGGAUUGCUCAGACUGCUGGCUGCCCGUGGUGCGCUUUAUUGAGGAACAGUUUGAACAGUAUCUUAGGGAUGAGAGUGGCCUGAACCGGAAGAACAUUCAGGAUUCCCGUGUGCACUGCUGCCUCUACUUCAUCUCACCCUUUGGCCGAGGGCUCCGACCCCUAGAUGUGGCCUUCCUCCGGGCGGUACAUGAGAAGGUCAAUAUCAUCCCAGUUAUUGGCAAGGCGGAUGCCCUGAUGCCCAAGGAAACGCAGGCCCUCAAGCAGAAGAUCCGGGACCAGCUGAAGGAGGAGGAGAUCAACAUCUAUCAGUUCCCCGACUGCGACUCCGAUGAGGAUGAAGACUUCAAGAGGCAGGAUGUGGAGAUGAAGGAAAGCAUUCCUUUCGCAGUUGUCGGUUCAUGCGAGGUAGUGAGGGACCGCGGGACGCGACCCGUGAGGGGACGCCGCUACUCCUGGGGUACGGUGGAGGUGGAGAACCCACAUCACUGCGAUUUCCUGAACCUGCGACGGAUGCUGGUGCAGACACAUUUGCAAGACCUAAAGGAGGUGACACACGACCUGCUCUACGAGGGUUACCGGGCCCGUUGCCUACAGAGCCUGGCUCGGCCUGGGGCGCGUGAUCGAGCCAGCCGCAGUAAACUUUCCCGCCAGAGCGCUACAGAGAUACCGCUGCCAAUGCUACCACUGGCCGACACAGAGAAACUGAUCCGCGAAAAAGACGAAGAGCUGCGCCGCAUGCAAGAGAUGCUAGAGAAGAUGCAGGCCCAGAUGCAGCAGAGCCAGGCUCAGGGCGAACAGUCGGACGCGCUCUGAGGCCCGUCUCCUGUCCAAUCCCGGAACCCCAGGCUGCCCCAGCCCCUAAUUCCGGAGCACCAGCCUGUAAAGCCGGCCCUUGUACUAGGUUCCGCGAAAACGUUCCCCCAAUCCUAGAGUUUGUAGCCCCGCCUUUGGUUCCGCCCCACCCUCCGCCACUUUCGAUGCCCUAGCUUCCAGCCUAUCCCCUGACCACCCCACCCCCUCCUCUUCUCCCGAGCUGUGUCUUCAAUAAAAACUAAGUUUCUCUGCG